AUGUCUGAGGGCGAUACUGCGCCGCCAAAGGGCGGUCCUGUAGUGGCUGAGGCACACGAGGUUCCAACUUACGGUGUUCCCGAACCAUUUUUCAAGAAAGGAUCCGGCAAAGCUCAUCUAAAAGACUUUGCUGAAUAUGAAACCCUCUACAAGCAGUCAAUUGAAGAGCCAGACAAGUUCUGGGGCAAGAUGGCCCGAGAACUGCUCACAUGGGACCGCGACUUCCAGACAGUGAGAUCUGGUUCAUUGACGAAUGGUGAUGUAGCUUGGUUCCUGGAGGGUCAGCUGAACGCCUCGUACAACUGCGUUGAUCGACACGCCUUCAAGAACCCAGAUAAGCCCGCAAUCAUUUACGAGUCAGAUGAGCCUGGGGAGGGCAAGAUUCUGUCGUACAGCGAGUUGCUUCGGGAAGUCUCCAAGCUGGCGUACGUGCUCAAGCAGCAUGGUGUCAGAAAGGGUGACACCGUCGCUCUCUACCUUCCCAUGAUACCACAAGCAGUCAUCGCAUUCUUAGCAGCCACGAGACUGGGCGCAUGCCAUACGGUAGUCUUUGCCGGUUUCUCUUCAGGCUCACUCGCGGACAGGAUCGUUGAUGCCAAUGCCAAGGUUGUGAUCACUACUGAUGAGGGCAAGCGUGGAGGAAAGCUCAUCGGAACCAAGAAGAUCGUCGAUGAGGCGCUCAAGAAGUGCCCAGAUGUGACCAGCUGUAUCGUCUACAAGAGAACUGGCGCAGAUGUGCCUUGGACCAAAGGACGAGACUUCUGGUGGGACGAAGAAACGGAAAAGUACCCAUCAUACAUUCCUCCCGUGCCAAUGAUGUCUGAGGACCCUCUCUUCUUGCUAUACACUUCAGGUUCGACAGGUAAGCCAAAAGGUGUGAUGCACACAACGGGUGGUUACCUGGUAGGUGCCGCAGCGACUGGUAAGUAUGCGUUCGACAUUCACGACGACGAUGUGUUCUUCUGUGGUGGUGAUGUCGGCUGGAUUACAGGGCAUACAUACGUGGUUUAUGCUCCCCUCCUCCUCGGUGUGCCGACAGUCGUCUUUGAAGGAACACCUGCGUACCCGAACUUCUCCAGAUACUGGGAUAUAAUAGACAAGUACAAGGUCACCCAGUUCUACGUCGCCCCUACCGCCCUUCGAUUGCUAAAGCGAGCCGGCGACGAACACGUCAAUCAUUCCAUGGAGAGGCUGCGUGUGUUGGGCUCAGUCGGUGAACCGAUCGCAGCUGAGGUCUGGAAGUGGUACCACGAAAAGAUCGGUAAAGAGGAGGCACACGUCGUUGAUACAUACUGGCAGACCGAGACUGGUUCUCAUGUCAUCACUCCUUUGGCUGGUAUCACCUCUACCAAGCCAGGUAGUGCUUCCCACCCCUUCUUCGGCAUUGAGCCUGCGAUCUUGGAUCCUAAUUCAGGAGAAGAGAUUAAGGGCAACGAUGUCGAAGGUGUGCUUGCGUUCAAGCAGUCAUGGCCAUCAAUGGCGAGAACCGUCUGGGGUGCGCACAAGAGAUAUAUGGAUACAUACCUGAAUGUGUACAAGGGUUAUUACUUCACUGGUGAUGGCGCAGCCCGAGACCACGAAGGCUACUACUGGAUCCGAGGCCGUGUCGACGAUGUUGUCAACGUUUCCGGUCAUCGUCUCUCAACAGCUGAGAUCGAAGCCGCGCUUAUCGAACAUCACGGUGUGGCGGAAGCUGCUGUGGUCGGUAUCAACGAUGAAAUGACCGGUCAAGCUGUCAACGCCUUCGUCGCACUCAAGGACGGUGUUGACCCUGGUGAGGGAACAAGAAAAGAGCUCGUCAUGCAAGUCAGGAAACAAAUUGGCCCCUUCGCUGCACCAAAGGCUAUAUUCAUUGUGGACGAUCUGCCAAAGACUCGAUCAGGCAAGAUCAUGCGACGAAUUUUGAGGAAGAUUUUGUCAGGAGAAGAGGAUCAGCUUGGUGACACAUCUACGCUCUCCGAUCCAUCGGUAGUGGAUAAGAUCAUUGGUACUGUGAAGAACAAGAAAUAA